GGAGCGAAGGGGCCUAGAGAGCUCCGCGAAAACUGUGUGAGGCCGGCGGCCGGCGGAAGAGGGGUCCGAGGUGGACUGGCCCGAGAGGGAGCCACGUUCCCUGAACAGCCCGAAGAGGCCGCCUAGAGGGCGGACAGACAGACGGCAGGGAGGGCCAGCAUGCCCCCAUUGCUGCACCCAGCCCUGCCGCUGCUCCUGGGCGCCACGCUGACCUUCCGGGCGCUUCGGCGCGCACUCUGUCGCUUGCCCCUGCCUGCGCACGUGCGCGCCGACCCCCUGCGCACCUGGCGCUGGCACAACCUGCUAGUCUCCUUCGCGCAUUCCAUUGUGUCAGGGAUCUGGGCGCUGCUGUGUGUAUGGCAAGCCCCUGAGAUGCUUGUGGAAAUUGAGACCGCAUGGUCGCUUUCUGGCUAUCUGCUCGUUUGCUUCUCCGCAGGCUAUUUCAUCCACGACACGGUGGACAUCGUGGUUAGUCGUCAAGCUCGAGCUUCUUGGGAAUACCUCGUCCAUCAUGUCAUGGCUAUGGCUGCCUUCUUUUCAGGCAUCUUUUGGCGCAGUUUUGUCGGUGGGGGUGUCCUAACACUGCUAGUGGAGGUCAGCAACAUUUUCCUCACCAUCCGCAUGAUGAUGAAGAUCAACAAUGCCCAGGAUCUCCUCCUCUACCGAGUCAACAAGGAGGCAGCUUGGUCUUCCGCCUCCCACCCCUCGAUCUACAAGGCAGCCUUGGAGGAAAAGAUGCCAAACCUCGGACGUCUCUCUCCUUGGUGGGCACCCGGUUCCGACCUUGGCAUCCCCUCUAUGUUCCCCUCUCAUCCUCUCAGGGCAGAAGGGCGAGCAGGGGCAGACUCUAUGAGUCAUGUCCCGGGCCUGGAGUUGAAGAGGGAAGCGCCGCCUCUCCUAAGGCCCCUUCUCUCCCCCUUUCCCCUCCCUGGUUCCUGGCGCAGCCAGAUGCUGCGCAGCAGUCACCGAUUCCCCAUCACCAAUUCAUCUGGAGCGCCCCGCAAGGCCGCAGGCAAGAUGAACAUUCUGGCGCCGGUGCGGAGGGACCGGGUCCUGGCGGAGCUGCCCCAGUGCCUGAGGAAGGAGGCCGCUUUGCACGUGCACAAAGACUUCCACCCCCGCGUCACCUGCGCCUGCCAGGAGCACCGGACAGGCACCGUGGGAUUUAAGAUCUCCAAGGUCAUUGUGGUGGGGGACCUGUCGGUGGGGAAGACUUGUCUCAUUAAUAGGUUCUGCAAAGACACCUUUGAUAAGAAUUACAAGGCCACCAUUGGAGUGGACUUUGAGAUGGAACGAUUUGAGGUGUUGGGCAUCCCCUUCAGUCUUCAGCUCUGGGAUACUGCUGGACAGGAGAGGUUCAAAUGUAUUGCCUCUACCUACUACCGAGGAGCCCAAGCCAUCAUCAUUGUCUUCAACCUGAAUGAUGUGGCCUCCCUGGAACAUACCAAGCAGUGGCUAGCUGAUGCACUCAAGGAGAAUGAUCCUUCUAGCGUGCUUCUCUUCCUCGUGGGUUCCAAGAAGGACCUGAGUACUCCCGCUCAGUAUGUGCUGAUGGAGAAAGAUGCACUCAAGGUGGCCCAAGAGAUGAAGGCCGAGUACUGGGCGGUCUCAUCUCUCACUGGUGAAAACGUCCGGGAAUUCUUCUUCCGCGUGGCAGCACUCACCUUUGAGGCCAGCGUGCUGGCUGAGCUGGAGAAAUCGGGGGCCCGGCGCAUUGGGGAUGUUGUCCGCAUCAGCGGUGAUGACAGCAACCUCUACCUAACUGCCAGCAAGAAGAAGCCCACGUGUUGCCCAUGACGGGUGAGGGAACUGUCCAGAGGCUGCCCAGCCCUGGGGCACUGUGCCACUGGACUCCCUGAGAGCUUGACCCCUGGACGUUUGCACUGACUGUUUUUCCAGACCAAAGACCUGCCCCUUGGUGGCAGUACCCCCAGAGGGUUAGCUGGGACCAUGCUAGUCACUUCCUGCCCCAGGCACCAUACCGAGGACUGGAUGCCCCCCUCUUCCAGGGGCCCUCCAGGGUGCCCAGUGAUAGGGAAGUGGUCCUUGCUGCUUUUAUUCAGCCUACUGGACCCUUUGGGUACAAGGAUGCUUAAUGAUCGCAGCCUCACACUGUGCCUUAUGCAUUAAAGUAUCUGUUAUUGGCA